AUGCCUCCAAGACUAAGAGGACGUGGCAAGGGUCCCAUGCGUGGAGGACCAUCAUCAGCUGGACCAUCACACAGACGCACUCCAUCGGCGUCCUUUUCCACCUCCGACUCUCAUGAUAUGUGGGGUCAACCUUUCGAGCCGGCAAGACACUCAGUCUCGCUAAGCUCUUCGCCAUCUUUUCAUCCGUCCUUUGGGCCUUUUGCUCCAGUCGAGCCUGAACACUCUCACCAUUCUCAUAAGUCUCACCAUUCGCACGAGUCUUACCAGUCUCACCACUCCUUGCAAUCCCAUUCAUUUCACCACUCUGACUCCCUCUACUCCCCGGGACAGUUUAACCCAGCCGAAUAUGUUAAUGAUUUUCUUGGCUAUAACCCAUUGGGCCCUGAGGACCAUUUCUCUCAGGAGAUGGAAAUGGAUGAUGACCCCGACCCGGAAAUGCAAACAGGAACCCCGGGCCACCCUAUCAGUAUAUCUAGUGGGUCUCCGUUCCAGGGAUCACCUUAUAAUGGGCCUGACUCAUUCCAGGAGAAAAUGGCUACAUAUGAUUGGUUCUUUACCCCGUCUUACCAUAGCUCUCCGGCCCAGCCACCUUUGGAAGAUCCUCAACUUCAAGUUGUCUCGCCACCACCACUCCCGAUAGAGGAGCCACCGCAGCAGCCACCGCAGCCACCUCCCGAGCCUCCGAGGCGAAGGAGGAACGCCCGCAUGUCCGUAAGAGGAGGACCCCAUUUCAGUUCUCCUCGUGGUUCGAGUUCCUAUCCCCCUAUUCCAGAGGACCCCCAGAUGGGUGGGCCCUCAAAGGCGGCACCGGAGGAUAAUCCUCCGCAAGCUUCUUAUGCACCACCUAUGCCGCCUGUGGGAUUUGAUAACCCGAUCUCGACGUACCCAGGUCCUUCCGGGUACAAUCCUUAUGAGAACCCAACGGGAUACCCCUCGGACUAUGUAUCUCAAGAUCCAUAUCUUACGGCUGCGCAUUAUCACCACCACUAUCCUUCUACUUACCCUUCUAUGCAUCCAGCUGGAUGCCCGGGUCAGGGUUACCAGUACCCGCCGUACCAGCCGCCUCCUCCCCAGCAGCUUCAGCAACAGCAACAAACCCAGGAAAUUCUAGAGAGGCUAGAUAAGGUCGAGCAUAAGACUAAGAAGAACAAGGAAAGGCAUAAUAUUUUCAUGAAAGGUCUUGCGAACCUUAUCAAGGGGAAGAAGAAGUAG